GGCCGCCGGCCGCACAGCGGCGGGCGCAGGCGCAGCGGCGGGCUCACCUGUAGCAGGUGUUCGUUCCCGGGAGCAGCGCAGACGUGGGUCAGCCCGCUGUACCGGGAAAAGAUGCGGGAGCGGACAGUGCGGCUGCUGUACGGGAGCCGCGUGGAGGCGGUGUACGUGCUGGGCACGCAGCUCUGGACCGAUGUCUACAGUGCGGCCCCCGCGGGGGCCAAAGCCUUCAGCCUGAAGCACUCGGAGGGGGUGAAGGUGGAGGUGGUGCGCGACGGAGAGGCAGAGGAGGUGGUCACCAAUGGCAAGCAGCGCUGGGCCCUGUCACCCAGCACCACAUUGCGGCUCAGCAUGGCCCAGGCCAGCACGGAGGCCAGCAGUGACAAGGUCACCGUCAACUAUUAUGAGGAGGAGGGCAGUGCCCCCAUUGACCAGGCUGGGCUCUUCCUCACAGCCAUUGAGAUCUCUCUGGAUGUGGACGCGGACCGGGAUGGAGAGGUGGAGAAGAACAAUCCUAAGAAGGCGUCCUGGACCUGGGGCCCUGAGGGCCAGGGGGCCAUCCUGCUGGUUAACUGUGACCGAGACACACCGUGGUUGCCCAAGGAGGACUGUAGUGACGAAAAGGUCUACAGCAAGCAAGACCUCAAGGACAUGUCUCAGAUGAUCCUACGGACCAAGGGCCCUGACCGUCUGCCCGCCGGAUAUGAAAUAGUCCUCUACAUUUCCAUGUCGGACUCGGACAAAGUGGGCGUGUUCUACGUGGAGACUUUGCAGGGCAUAAGGAAGCUGCUUCUGGGACUGUGUAGGGCCCUAUCUCCGGGCCUUUGCCAAUACCCGUUCUUCGGCCAGCGCUACAUCCACAUCCUGGGCCGGCAGAAGCUCUACCACGUGGUGAAGUACACGGGCGGCUCUGCGGAGCUGCUGUUCUUCGUGGAAGGCCUCCGCUUCCCUGACGAGAGCUUCUCGGGCCUGGUUUCCAUCCACGUCAGUCUGCUCGAGUACAUGGCCGAGGGCAUCCCGCUGACACCCAUCUUCACAGACACUGUGGUGUUCCGGAUUGCGCCAUGGAUUAUGACCCCCAACAUCCUGCCUCCCGUGUCAGUGUUUGUGUGCUGCAUGAAGGACAAUUACCUGUUCCUCAAAGAGGUCAAGAACCUGGUGGAGAAAACCAACUGCGAACUGAAAGUUUGUUUCCAGUACAUGAAUCGCGGGGACCGCUGGAUCCAGGAUGAAAUAGAGUUUGGCUACAUUGAAGCACCCCACAAAGGCUUCCCAGUGGUGCUGGACUCCCCUCGAGAUGGAAACCUGAAGGACUUUCCCAUUAAGCAGCUCCUGGGCCCGGAUUUCGGCUACGUGACCCGGGAGCCCCUCUUUGAGACUGUCACCAGCCUCGACUCCUUCGGGAAUCUGGAGGUCAGUCCCCCAGUGACUGUGAAUGGCAAGUCGUACCCGCUUGGCCGGAUCCUCAUCGGGAGCAGUUUCCCGCUGUCUGGAGGCAGGAGGAUGACCAAGGUGGUCCGGGACUUCCUGCAGGCCCAGCAGGUGCAGGCGCCUGUGGAACUCUACUCCGACUGGCUGACUGUAGGCCACGUGGAUGAGUUUAUGACCUUCGUCCCUAUCCCAGGCAAAAAGGAAUUUCGGCUGCUCAUGGCCAGCACCUCAGCCUGCUACCAGCUCUUCCGAGAGAAGCAGAAGGAAGGCCACGGGGAGGCCGUCAUGUUCAAGGGCCUGGGGGGCAUGAGCGGCAAACGCAUCACCAUCAACAAGAUCCUGUCCAAUGAGAGCCUCACGCAGGAAAAUCAGUACUUCCAGCGCUGCCUGGACUGGAACCGUGACAUCCUUAAGAAGGAGCUGGCACUGACUGAGAGGGACAUCAUUGACCUGCCGGCUCUGUUCAAGAUGGAUGAAGACCAUCAGGCCAGGGCUUUCUUCCCUAACAUGGUAAACAUGAUCGUGCUGGACAAGGACCUGGGCAUCCCCAAGCCUUUUGGGCCCCAGGUGGAGGAGGAGUGCUGCCUGGAGACGCACGUCCGGGGCCUGCUGGAGCCUCUGGGCCUUGCCUGCACCUUCAUCGACGACAUCUCUGCUUACCACAAGUUCCUGGGGGAGGUCCACUGCGGCACCAACGUGCGCAGGAAGCCCUUCGCCUUCAAGUGGUGGCACAUGGUGCCCUGACUGGCAGGGGCCCCAGCCCUCCCUCCAGGUCCUGCCUGUGCCCCCACGUCCUACUCCUUCAACAAGUGGGUGGGAUGGGAGGUAUUUGUGCCUUGCGGUCCCUGGAGAAGGGCCUCGUCCACUGAAGCCACCACAGUAAGCCCAACCAUCCCCCCUCCAAACGUAGCUGGCUGGACACAUGGCUUUAGUGUGCAGAGCUCUGGCAGGGAAGACUAGACUUCAACAAACCAUGUAGUCAGACUGUUCCCCCAAGAAUCCUCUACUCCAGGUCAGAAUGAGGGAGAAAGAAAGGAGGCUCUCCCGGCACCGUGCUCUCAUGUUCAAGGUAGACCAUAGGGCCGGGACUUUGAACGGUACCGUCAUUUCAAAUUCUCCUCCCUCAGGGCCUCCAACCAUUCAUUCCUUAUGUCUUUCACCCUCUCCUAGCUUCCUGUACACACUGAGUACGCACUCCCCGAGGGUCCAAUCGUUCAGCUUAGACUCUCCCGGAAAUAGAUCUUAGCAGAGGAGAGUUCUUCACUGUCUGUGGAUGCAGGCUGCCUAAAUUUGGGGGGGAGGGGGUUGGUCCAAAGUUCAGUAUAUAAAGAGGCCCCUCCCCACCUGCCAACGCUAUUCCUUUUCUCUUGCCUGGUCCUCAACUCUCUGGCCAGUCCAUGGGCCCUCUUGCCACCAUCCUUUCUAUUCUGGACUGUCUUUCCUAUUCUGGACACUGCCCCUCCAGACAGCUAUACUGUUCCUUUGCCCCCAGCCAGAUUCAGGCCUCCCAGGGCCCGAGAAACAACCUAUUCCUUCUCUUGGAUGUUUGCCCCAAUAUCCAAGGAUACUGGCCAGGCUCCAGCCUCAGUGAUCAGUCCCCAGCUAGCUACUGGUCUGGAGGUAGAAUCCCCCAGCGCACUUUCCAAAGGCCUUCCAUUCAGAUACAGGCAAAUUUAAUCCCCUCUGCUUCAGUUAGAAAGGCCUCCAGGAGCUGUAGAGACAGCUCAGCAGUUAAGAGUGUUUGCUGCUCUUGAGGAGGACACAAGUUUGGUUCCCAAUACCCACACUAUCUGUAGCUUCCCUUUUCUGUCCCCCGCCCCCAGGGCACUAUACACGUGUAUACAUACCCUUACACAUAAACACAAAGAAAUGUUUUAGGGUCUGGAGAGAUGGCCCAGUGGUUAAGAGCACUUGCUGCUCUUACUGAAGACCAGAGUUCAGUUCUCAGCACCCAAAUGGUGGCUCAUAACCACCUAUAACUCUAGUUCCAGGGGAUCCAGUGCCUUUGUCUGACCUCCCUGGGCUUCUGCACACAGAUGGUACACGCGCGCACACACACACACACACACACACACACACACACGAAGUAAAAUAAAUAAUAUUUUAAAAAUACAAUAUUUUUUUAAAAUAAAGAAGGUCCUUUAAGGCCAAGAAGACAGGAAAUAUUAAUCCUACUUUGAAGGGUUAGACACUCCCAUUGUAUAACCAAAGAAAGGGUUACAGACCUGCAUCGUUAGGGGAACAGGAUUUUCACCUUGGAUUAUGUCCUCAGCUAUGCAGGCAACAUUGGUUGUAUGUUACUGAGCAAUGGACACAGACUUGGACUCUGACAACACAAGCUAGCCAUAGACUCGCUUGUCCCCAGCCAGCAAAAUCCACAUUUAAACGGCCACCCUUUGCCCUUGCUGUGGUGGGCUCUUCAGAAGCACUACCCAGUAUAUUCAAAAAGCACUCAGGACACCAGUCACUGCCUUCAAGAAAUGGGGGUGUGUCUUCUGCAACACCCUUCAUUAGUUGGGGCUACAGUACUAUGCCCAUCAGGCCCCAGAGCCUUCAGAGCUGUCGUCCUCUGUAUCUGGGGACAGUAGUUCCUGCCCUUGAGGGUAGAGCCCCAAAUCCUGUCUCCUGUCCCAGAGCAGAAAACACAGGCCCCUCCCUGAGGGAGGUGAUCGGGAGACACAGGGUUUGUCAUGUGUAGUGUUCAGUUAAAGUGGCUUUAUGGCUUUUAUUUUUAUCUACCCCGAGAGGAAGUGAGCACCUCCCACACGGAGGCCUCUUGUCUUUGUAGAUUGUGCUACAGUUCUUCCUGGCAGCAUUGGUUGUUUCAGAAAUUGCUGGAACCCCAGGACUCAGGCACUGCCUGUCCCAUCUCACCCACCCAGUGUGACUCCUCUGAGCAUGGAUGCCUCCCCCCAACCCCUGUGGACGCCUUGCUCUUCCCCACCCCCACUUUCUUUAACAUAGACCUAGAUGCUUCUGGGCUGCACCAUUUCCUGUUUCAGUGUGGAUUUUGAAAUGUUCUGUGAGGGGCAGAGGGAUGGCAAGAAGGUGGCGAGAACCAGGCAGUUUCAACUUCCUGGAAAAGAAGCCAAGAUGGAGCCUGGAAAGUGUUUGGGGAAGAGCCAAAAUAAGAGCAAUAAAAUAAACCAUCCAAGGCGAA